AUGCUGUAUGAGUUUAAUCAGUCUGAUGGCUGUGAUCAUUUCUCCUGUCCAGAAAGAUUUCUAUCUCCUGCAGUUUAUAUCUUACUGUACGUGUGUUCAGCUGCUGUGGUUCUGCUAACAAUGUGUGGAAAUCUUCUCAUCAUCAUCUCUGUUCUUCACUUCAAGCAACUUCACACACCAACAAACAUGCUGCUGCUCUCUCUGGCUGUGUCAGAUUUCUUUAUUGGAGCUUUAGUGAUGCCACCAUUGUUAAUUUGGACAAUUGAGUCAUGCUGGAUUUUUGGGAGACAUUUCUGCAUCAUUUUUUUGUUGAUUGGUGGUGUACUCAUGACCAUAUCAAUCUAUAAUAUUGCUCUGAUUGCUGUAGAUCGAUAUUUGGCUCUCUCAAACCCCUUUCUCUACAUGAGUUCAAUAUCUAGGAGGAUGAUCUGCUUAGUGGUUUAUUGUAACUGGUGUGUGUGUCUAAUGUAUAUCACAUCAUUUUAUUAUUUCAAUGGAAGCUUUAAAAAUUCUGUAUUGUGUCCUGGAGAGUGUUAUUACUUGCUAAAUGAGGUUUUUUCUGUAUUUGAUCUCAUAUAUUCAUUUAUAUUUCCACUUUCUGUCAUAAUCAUAUUGUAUACUCGAGUUUUUAUGAUUGCUAAGAAACAUGCCACUGCUAUCAGAGAGCUUAAUAAUCACACACAGCCUAAACCACAGAAAAUCACCUCAUACUCCAUGAAAUCUGAGAGAAAAGCAGCUAAAGUCCUCAGUAUUUUAGUGUCUGUAUUUCUGGUGUGUUUACUUCCAUAUUUUAUUUACACUUUAAUAGGUUAUGUUAUUGAACUACAGUCAGAAACAAUCCAGAAAUUGUUGAUCAUGAUUUGUCUUAAUUCCACCAUUAAUCCAGUUAUUUAUGCUCUGUUUUAUCCGUGGUUCAGGAGGUGUGUUAAAUUAAUCAUAACUCUACAAAUUUUUCUGAAAGACUCUGCAUUAAUCAAUGUUCUUCUGAAUUAA